CUCAGGUAACAAUGAUGCUUGAUCUCAGACAAAAUUUUAUGCAUUCCAAAUUUCUGUUGUCACAAUUGUUGAAAACACCAUAUCACACACAAUGCAAACCCGCCAAUUGCUCCCUUCCUUCUUUGCUUACUUUCUGAGUAUUUUCUAUUUUUGAGAGUCAUCUGACAGAUGCAUAGGAAUGACGGCUUCAAAUUUAUUACUCAACCGAACCAUAAAGCGCCUCACAUUUUUCAAAAUCGAUUGAUUUCCUCUUUUAAGCAUUUAUGCAGCUAGAAAACCUUUAAAUCCAUAAUAUACAGGAGCAGCAAAUUGUUUAUAAAUGUUACUUAAAGCCCGCCGAAUAGCUUGGCUUGUGUUGCAGAUCUUCUUUAACCCACUAGGCAUUUUGUCUCUAACAACAAUGGCAGUAACUGCCUCUGAUAUUUAUAACGAGUUACAGUCUGAGCCUUCUAUUGCAAAUAUAAAUUUUCUCUCAUCUAACGGUACAGAGAAGAGUUUGCAAUUUCAAUUAUCAGCGACCGGUUCAGUGUCUGUUAAUCAAGUGAAAGUAACUAAAACAAUUCACACUAUAUGUGAACAUGAAGAAUACGAACUCGAAUACACUUUUGAGUCACUGGAAGACGAUCUACAGUUAAAGCACAUUCAAAUUGACAUUGCUAAUCUGUAUGACUUGUCACAGUACGUAAUGAUGGCAGAAGGAUUUCAGUGUUGGAGCACAUCGAAAGAAAUGGGGAGACAUAACAGAUUGGCUGCUAUCCCUCGACCCGUAGCUUGGUUUACGAAAAUGAAUCUCCAAGGUGAUUAUGACUUUUUUAACUACUCAGGAAGGCCGGGUCAUAUUCAUUCGACUGGUUAUACCUAUAUGAGGCACAUGGAAACAAAUCAUGUUGUGUUUCUGGGUUCUAUUUCAGAGCAAUCUGGAUACACCUACUACCAAGCAGAUUUUGUUAAUGGACAAUUUUCGCUCUACAAGGAUAUUGAAGGGAAAAGGCUAAAAAAGGGCGACUCAUUAUCAAUGAAAUUCUUUGUUGCGCGAAGAGAUGAUAACGGUAAAGGGCUGAGAUCUAUUUGGGAGAAGUAUGCAACCUACUACCAAAAUAAUGAAGGGCAGCAAAAACCAAUAGCGGAGAGCGCGCGUCAUAGGACAGGCUGGUCAUCUUGGUAUAACUUUUACGAACGAGUAACAGAACAAGACAUUGUAUCUAGUUUGGAUGCAUUCAAAAAAUAUGAUUACCCUAUCGAUGUUUUCCAAAUUGAUGACGGCUAUCAACGACUUGUGGGUGAUUGGUUAGAUGUGGACCGUGUAAAAUUUCCCAGUGGUAUGGAAAAACUUGCCGACAAUAUAAAAGAACAAGGUUAUAUCCCCGGAUUAUGGCUAGCACCUUAUGCCGUAUCUAUCAAGAGCAAAAUUGUAAAGGAGCACCCAGAAUGGUUAUUGAGACACGAAGAUGGCUCUUUUGUAUUAGCAGGCCCCAAUUGGGGUGGGUUUUAUGCCAUCGAUAUAUAUAAUUCAGGUGCCAGAGGAUAUCUUACUGACGUCUUUGACGAAGUAAUUGAUAAAUGGGGCUAUAAGUUGUUGAAGCUUGACUUUCUUUUCGCAGCAGCUAUGAUACCUCGUCUUGGAAAAUCCCGCGGUGAAAUUGCAUGGGACGCCAUAAAUCUUAUACAGGAGUUAUCUGCGGGUAGAGUUAUCCUAUUAGGUUCAGGUGUUACACUGCCUUCUGUAUGGGGACGAUUUGAUUAUUCUCGUGUCAGUAGUGAUGCCUCACCUUGGUGGGAUGAUGCUAUCCUUAGGGCAUCUAACGUGCGUGAACGUGUAUCGACCAACAAUGCUAUGACGUCUACGAUGAAUCGAUGGCCUAUGGCAGGCACGGUUUUCGGCAGUGACCCAGAUGUCUUCUUUAUCAGAUCUAAUAAUAACAAGUUGACCGCAGAUGAGAAGCACACGCUAUUGUUGACAAAUAUAAUAUUUGGUGACCUGACACUCAUGUCCGAUGAUGUAGGUCUUUAUAGCCCACAAGAACAUCUUUUGUUUAGUUCCAUUUUUCCAAAGCCAAAUGCCCAAGUACAAAAAGUGCAAACAAUUGGUAAUGAUAUAUAUCAAACAACACUUUUAUGCAACGGCCGAGCUUACGUGCUAUUUACCAAUCUGUCACCUCUUCCUCAAAAAUUACGCUUACCGGCUGAAACUGAGCAAAAGCAGAAGACUUACUAUUUUGAAUAUACUAAUCCUUUAUACAACAAUACAAAGGUUGACUGGUACCCUCCUCAAAAGUCCUUUGACUUAAGGCCACAUGAAGCGAGGUUAUUCUUGAAGACAAUUCCUUUCAGUUCUUUGAAUGAAGAAGAUGCAUUCAUGGGUUCUACUUUACAUAUUGUUCCUGGUACAGAGAUUCAAUGCUUAACCAAGAAAGAGAAUGUGAUCUAUAUCUAUUUGAAGAAGCCGUAUAUAUCAAAGAAGGCUGAACUUUACGUUAAAAUAAGUUCAGAUGAGGAGCAAAUACCACCCGUUUUUAUAGAUGACAAUUUGAUAGUUGAUGUGGAUAGAAUAACAUUGGAAGAAAACAUUCACAUUGCUAGGAUUAGAUCAGAUCCUACAUUAGAUCCUAAGCAGUAAUAAAGUUAUUGUCAUACUUUCAACAAUAGGCUACUUCUAAAACAUUACUUUUGCCUUCUACAGCCUUUUAAGUAUGGAUGUGGGAAAUGAUAGUACGAAUAAAUGUACGAGUAAUGUUAUAUGGAAUAAAAACAGCUAUUAAGCGAAUUAUAAGUCUUUAAAGUGAUAAUAUAUCGAUGAAAUGCUAAGAUAUUGUUCUCUU